CGGUUUAAUCAUCUAUGAUCGCAUUCGUCAAAAGGGGGAUCAGUCUUCUCUUCUGUAGUUCUGUUCCCGGAAAUCGGAAUUAAUAAAAGAAGGAGCACCAGAAAAAUAAUAAGAGAAGAGAAGAGAAGAGAAGAGGAAAAGAAAAGAAAAACGGAAGACAGAGAUGAGGAAAGAAGACACGGUCAAGCUAAUCAGCGCCGAGGGGUUCGAGUUCGUGAUCAGUAAGGAAGCCGCCAUGGUUUCGCAGACAAUUCGCAACAUGCUCACCUCUCCAGGGAGUUUUGCGGAGGCGCAACAUGGGGAGGUGACUUUCCCUGAGAUAAGCACCACGAUUCUGGAGAAAAUCUGCCAGUAUUUCCACUGGUCUCUUCAGUAUGCUAGUUGUCAUAUGACGGCGAUAGCGAAGUUUUGAGAUGACACAAAUAUAGAUUGUAGUUCUGCUUCCUAUUUUGACAUCUUUGACUGGAACUUUUCCAGCAGUUCUCUUUUUCAUUUGCUGAUCACUUGCACAAGCUGAUUGUGAUUAUACUGUUAUUACUUGAAUUGGACAUGAUGUGGUCAUUAGUUGAUGCUCUGUACGCAAUCUGAAGUUCUUAAAGUCGCUAAAUGAGAACGGUACUGAAACUGUCAUCAACAAAGACCUACAGAUUCCAUCGUGUAUUCAAGUCUCUUCAUUAAGUUUGACCUGUUGUAUAAUCUGCUGACAAUUUAUUGUUGUUUUUUUACCAGUGGUAAGGAAACCGAGUUCCCAAUUGAACCUGAACUGACUCUGGAGCUUAUGAUGGCUGCUAAUUACCUGCACACUUAAAACUAGAUUGGUUAUUUUACUUCUUGGUGGCCAGUCUUCUAUAAUGGAUCAUCGAUAGGCGAUGCUUGCCAGGAUGAUUUAGGACUGCGCUUGGUGUUUGGAAUUGCCAGUUAGGUGUGCUGAGUUUUACUAAGUAAACUUGUAGAAAGUAAAAACCUCGAUUUAACGAAAGAAGAAGUCCGGACAGAAGCUAGCAAAAUGAAUGUGGCCAUUAAAAUAUGUACAUUUGCUGUUGUAAACUAAUCAGCUGCCGUGGAAUGGUCUCCUCCAACUUCCAAGCAUUGCUUUCUUCUGUGCGUGUUUUUGUUGUUGGUAUUGUUGAUGUAAACUUUGCCUAUUAUAUUGGAGAUAUAAUAUUGCCUCCGAAUUGAGACCCGAUUCGUCGACUCUGGCCUCUACUACGACCGCCAGCUUCGCCGAAUGGGACGAAGACGAGUUUGAAGGCCUUCCGACUGCUGCGGAUACUCCGAUGAACCCAAAAUUCUGGUGGUGCUAGUAGAGACGAGAAGGAAACCCCAGAACCGAGUUCGAAGCAGCAGGGGGAAAGUGUGCCCAAGAAUUCGCCGUUAUUGUUGAAAGUAGGCCAAAACGUAUUCAAGUUCU